CUAGAAUAUUGAAAUUGAGUGGAAGGAGUAACUCACAAAAUUGUUGAGUAAGAAAUACUUACCCAAUUUUAGCGGAGCUCAGGAUUGAGAUGCUGUGAGCCUCGGUAUUCAACACUGACACAGCACCGUCGCUCAUGGUCAGGCCCUUCCAUCAAUCUCCCCGACUCUGUAUCAUCGAAUUCGUGGAAACCCUCGAAAGUUUCUGCACACCCACUCUCCAAAUUCUACUCCAACAUUACAAAACAACCCUAGGCAGGGAAGGUCGAGGGGUGAAUAACCGCGGUGGGAGGAGAGAGGUUUAAUUGAUGACAGCUAUGGCGACCAUAGCCGUGGUGGCUCCUUCGUACGCAUGCUGCGCAUGUAAUGUUAACACGCCGGGAAUGCUGUCCCUUCAUUCCCAAGUUUCGACGUCAACGUCGGCACAUAUGUUCAAGUCUUCUCAUCAAACUUUCGGCAGCAGGACACCGCAUAACAGAUCAUGGCAAGUAAAUUCCAGGAGAUUGAGAAUCACGAGGGUACAAGCUGCCGGAGAAGAGGAAGGGGAGCCUGCGCCUAAUACAAACGACACCGGCGGCGGCGAGGAGGAUGACUUGGGAAUGAUAGGCCAAGUAGAACAGGCAGAUUGGCGUGCUUUCCGUGCUCGCCUUGUGCGCUCAGGUCUCGGCACAGGGGGUCUGGACUCUGUUCAGGACGAAGAACGGGAACUGUGGGCUCACCCAAUUGUUCAGCCGGAGCCGGGAUGCUUGCUCAUUGCACAUCCGAAUGCAUUCACUGAGAGCCAGCAGUACUUCCACAGAGUUGUCAUCUUCAUCUUCGCUCACGACGCAGGUGGUAGUGCCGGCGUAAUUCUUAAUAGGCCAACGCAAUAUUCACUCGGACAGUUGGACGAAUUCAAAGAUCUAAUGCCGGAGUUGUCGAGCUGUCCUUUAUACUUUGGUGGCGACGUAGGCCCUCAGUGCACCCAAGUCAUCCAUGGCAUCCCUGGCCUUGAGGACAGCCGUGAAAUAAUGAACGGGGUUUACAUGGGGGGUACGGCGAGUAUCCAGGACAAUAUCCGAAGUGGCCAGAGCACUCCCAACGACUAUCGCUGGUUUCUUCGGUUCGCAGGGUGGGGACCUGGACAGUUGGAGCAGGAAGUUGCCGCUGGGGUUUGGUACCUGGCUUCAUGCAGCAAGAGAUUCGUGCUUAAGCAGUGUAUUCAACUGCCGAAGCCGCUGUGGAAUGAAGUUAUGGAACAUAUGGGUCCCCCGUACUCGGACAUUGCAAGAAAAGCCAAGUAGCUAUAUCGAUCAGAUUAUGCCUACUCUGACCAUCAAAUGCAUGUACUUUCGAUAAAAUCCCUGCCAAGUCUCGGUACAUUGCAUUAGAAUGCAACGUCAUCUAGAUUCUACACCCUUCAAUACGUUGACAAGUGUGUACAGACGUGGUCGGAGAAACUGAAAGUGGAGCCCGUUACUAUGAAUCUGCAGACUUAACAUUCAAGUCAUUGCAAUCUUGAUUCAUUCCAUAUAUGUAGUAUGAUUUUCAUCACUUCUUUUGGUCCAUUUGGACCGGCACCGGAUUUUCUCCUCAAAUCUGAACCGUAAAAUGAAGCCAGAUCUGUCGAUUGUGGAACUUCUUUCCUCCCAAUUGCAGCACGUAAUAUUGGAGAUUCUGUGGAGUCUGCUAUGUGGCAUCAUCAUCUGGGUCAUAAUGAGCAUGCUAUUGACAGACCAACACUGCAAGACUAUCGUAGUGAAUGAAACUGAAAGUCUAGAAUUUUGUGGUCUUGCACGAAUAGGGAAGCAUAUGGCUUAAAAUCCUUAGCCGAGGUAGUGAGGCAAGAAAGUGGAGAGCUGGACUGGCUUCUCUAGAUUCGGUGUAUCGUUGUAACCCCAUGUUUGAAGAGAGCUAAAUGAAGUGCGGCUUUGUGACA